CAACCACUUCCGGGUUAGCGCUCCCUCUCUGCUCUCCCUGGCCAGCUGCGCUUCCCGUCCCGGAGUGCCACGAUGGGGAUCCUGGAGAAGAUCGCGGAGAUCGAGAAGGAGAUCGCCCGGACGCAGAAGAACAAAGCCACCGAGUACCAUCUUGGCUUGCUGAAGGCAAAGCUUGCAAAGUACAGAGCUCAGCUUUUGGAGCCUUCCAAAUCGGCGGCGGGCAAAGGCGAAGGCUUCGAUGUGAUGAAAUCUGGAGAUGCCCGGGUGGCGCUGAUUGGUUUCCCCUCUGUGGGUAAGUCCACCUUUCUGAGUUUGAUGACUUCCACGGCGAGUGAGGCGGCUUCCUACGAAUUCACCACAUUGACAUGUAUUCCUGGAGUCAUAGAGUACAAAGGAGCCAACAUCCAGCUUCUCGAUCUGCCUGGGAUCAUCGAAGGUGCUGCUCAAGGAAAAGGCCGAGGGCGCCAAGUGAUUGCCGUAGCCCGGACUUCUGACGUCGUUAUCAUGAUGCUGGACGCUACAAAGGGGGAAGUGCAGAGAGCUCUGUUAGAAAAGGAACUGGAAUCAGUAGGAAUCCGGCUGAAUAAAGUCAAGCCCAACAUCUACUUCAAGCCCAAAAAGGGAGGGGGCAUCUCCUUCAAUUCAAUGGUGACGCUGACUCAGUGCUCCGAGAAGCUGGUGCAGCUCAUCCUCCACGAGUACAAAAUAUUUAAUGCGGAGGUUCUGUUCAGGGAAGACUGCACACCUGACGAGUUCAUUGACGUGAUUGUUGGCAACCGGGUCUACAUGCCCUGCCUUUACGUUUAUAACAAAGUCGAUCAGAUCUCCAUGGAGGAGGUAGAUCGCCUGGCUCGGAAACCCCACAGCGUUGUGAUCAGCUGCGGCAUGAAAUUGAACUUGGACUACCUGCUGGAGAUGCUGUGGGAAUACCUGGCCCUUACCUGCAUCUACACCAAGAAAAGAGGCCAGAGACCAGACUUUUCAGAUGCCAUCAUCGUACGGAAAGGGGCAUCUGUGGAGCAUGUGUGCCAUCGAAUUCACCGGACGUUAGCAAGCCAGUUCAAGUAUGCAUUGGUUUGGGGAACCAGCACCAAGUACAGCCCCCAACGAGUAGGACUCAGCCACUUGAUGGAACAUGAAGACGUCAUCCAGGUUGUCAAGAAAUAAUCCUCGCCGCUGGUCCCGCGCCCUGCUCUGCUCUGCAGUAUUUUCAACGCGACUCGGCAGAAAACUGUCUAAAAGCCAAAAAGAAGAAGAAAAUCCUCUGUCUGUAAUGGGAGGUUUUUCCUUCAGCUGCUCAUAAGCUUCCAUGAAGCUUCCACGGAGAUAAGAGACUACUGUGGAACUUCUUGCAGGUUAGGGACAUGGAGAAGAGAGGUUCUUGUCUUACACACUGACAUGCUUAAGGGGCACCUUUCAAUAGCAUGGUCUUGGGUGCCUUUAAGAUGCUCGGAGCGGGUUUGGUUGUGACUUGACAGCUGCCCAGAAAAGUGGCCUUGGAUCCAUGAGCCGAAAAACACAGGAAAAGAACCAUCCAUCCUCCGCCUGUUCUUCCUCCCUUCAAACAAACAGCCCUGUUCAAAAAUCAGCACUUCCACUUGGACAAAAACGAUUCCAGGCAACGCAAGGAUUUGUUUUCAGGUGGAUUGCUUCAUCACGUUCACAGAGUGCCCUGUAGAAGUUCAUUUCCACCCAUUUUCUGGCUAAGAGGGGUGGUGUCGAUAACUUCCAUUGGGGUAACGGAAACGAGGCCAUCUCCUCCCUCUCCCAUAUCACCCCGUUUGGCAAGACGGCAACCAAGAAACAGCACACCUGCUGCUCCUGCAGCUCUGCUCGAGAAAUUUACUCCAGACCCACCAGAAGCCAUUUGUCCUUCAACUGAAAUAAAGAAUGAUUCUCGUUUCUCUUUAGAACUCCUAU